UUUUUUUCACGGCAGCAUGCUUUGGGUGCGUGGUUUAUUAUGGGCGUGGAGACGAUUGUCUCCUCCCUUAAAAUGCGGCGCCUGUAUCGAUAACUGUUAUUUUGAACAGAUUAAAAGGAAGGCGGUCCUUUUGGGCGCGUUUCCAGUUAGAAGAUGAGGAUUUGGGUUGCUAGGAAGCGGUGUUGCCGCCGGAAGAUGGCGGCUGCGUCGAGGAGGCGGGCACUGGUAUUUUACAUCAUAAACGGACAAAAAUAAAAUUCUUCUUUUUGUUUUUUUUAAUCAGGAACCGACAACACAAACCGCUCAGCACUCGCGGUUAAGAAAGAGAUAUAUACAUCGGCUAGAGAGUAACAGACGCUGACCUCCUAAGGAAUAUUCUAGGCAGAAUUACAUGUUUACUGUGCAUGGUAAGCAGGUUUGCCAGUUGGGAGAUGGAAGACUAUGAGGAGUUCUAUACAAAGCACCUGGCUCAGAUCCAGGGAGAGGUGCAGCCCCGCAUUCUGCCUGCCAGCCAACAGGGGGAGCUUUCCAUUAUCCAGUUCCAUGGUGUUCCUGUCCUGUCACCUCUGCUGACUUUGGAGCGACGGAAGGAGAUGACACAGUACAGGAACCGCGCUGUAGAGCUGGAGACUGCGAACCAUGGUCUGAGGAGGAGCGCCUUGCUGACUCGGGUUCAAAAGAUCCUGGAAAGUGUGCAGGUACGGAAGGUGUCAAAUGCAGGUGAGCAGGUGUCUGCCCCAGAUAAUCACUCCCAAAAAUCAGAGGCCAGGAAUGGGUUUGCCCUUCUUCCUGACAUGAGUGGACUGCCAAAGGGAAGAGUAUCAGGGGUUGCUAGUGUGCCUCCAAGGAGCAGUGCAAGAGAGCAUCCCCAAGAGGAGAACGGUGUCCUCACCCCUGCAUCCCCCAUCCUUGCAGAACACCCCUCUCCCAUACCAACCCUGGACUUGAGGGGGGAGGAGGACGAGGAGGCCAGCAACUACGCUGUGAGUCUGCAGAGCUUGCUGAGGAAGUCUCGGGAGUACAUGGAGAGGGAGCAGGGCAGACGUGGGGCCCGUGGCAGCCACAAGGUGGGAGCGGCACGUGGAGAGAGCCUCUCAGAUAAGGAGAACGAGGGCAGUGGGGGGACAGGAGAGCUCUGCGAGAAGAGCCAGCCCCCUUGCCGCAGCUGUAGCCCUGUAGUGUGGGAUGUCACCAGCCCUGCCUGCUCCAGCACCCCUCCCAAUCAGCAGUCUGCAGGCUCCGAUUCGGACAGUCCGGAGUCAAUCUCCCUGUUGCCCCGCAGCCUGACUGGGUCCUAUGCACGGCUUCCCAGUCCCGAGCCCAGCCUGAGCCCAAGGGUGCACAGGCGCCGUCCACGCCCUCUCUCUGCAGGAAAUAUCGUCAUCCCACAUCCCCUGAGUGCCUGUGAGUUCAGUCCCAUGGCAGACAAGGGGCAGCACCACACAGGGCAGAACCCACAAAAGGAGAGCCUGAUGCAACAGGCUGCAUUUGGAGAGCCAGCAUUCUGCAUCAGCAAAGUGCUCACAGGCAGUUCCGAGCUCUCUGCAACUCAGUCUUCAGUCCCUGUUGAGGCCUCGCCCUGGACCCCCCAUGCACCCCCUUCUGGCAGUAGGAGACACAGCCGCUCUGGCAUUGCGCUACAGGGUGACAGCGUGAUUGGAGAUGUGUCUUUCCGCAGGCGCUCGCACACCAUGGACAGCGUCUCGUCUUCCAGUCUGAACAUUGCGGAGGAGAUGGGCCCUGGGUUCCAGGGCAACCUGCCCAGGAGAGCUCCACGCCGGCGCUCCCCCGCUCCCCUCAACAAGUCUUACAAUGUGGAGAGCCCCUCCCCUGUGCUGCUGCGGCACCACGUGGGCUUCCCGGGGCCUGAGGAGCAUCCUGAGACCACCCCUAAAGGGAGGCUGGACCUGGAGCUGUGGGGAUCCAGAGAGAGACAGCUGAACACCAGUCAUCCAGACACACCAGGUGAAGAACAGGGGGGCUACAACAACAAGACUGAAUCAUCCUCCAGCGAUGUUGGUGAGGGAACCAGGGAGGUGCUGGUUAAGAGGCAGAUGUUGGCUCUGGAGGCAAUGAGGCGCAGGCUGGAGGAAGAGCAUGCUUUGCAGCUGUCCCUGCUGAUUGCUGAGCAGGAGAGGGAGCAGGAGAGCUUCAGACAGGAGAUGGAAGAACAGGAGAGACGGCUGAGGGACAAGCGAGUGGAACUUUCUCAUCCUGGUGAAAGACGAGUCUCUAUAGAAACGGAACCAGACUGGAGGGCAAUCAGUGGGAGCUGUCCCAGCGCAACGACUCUGACACAGGGAGAUAUUCACACUGGCAACAUCUCACACAGCAUAGGUUUCCAUCCCCAACUUAGUCCUGGAACCCCCCAACCCUCAACCCAGUCCCCCUUCUACCUAUGGGGACCUCACCGGGGAGGCUGCAAACCAAGGAUCAAGUGGUCUCAGGUAAACUCUCCAGAGGUCCAUCAGCGGCUGUGUAAGCUGAGCGCCCUGGCAAAGGGAUUCCUGACUCGCAGAAUGUUACAAACCGAGAAAGUCAAACACCUGCGGCAGACAGUCCGGGACACGCUGGAGUUCAUCAAGACUUUCAAGACUGAAGGCUCCCUGAAGAGAGGGGCAGCCUCUGCACAGGAUGUGUCUCUGCAGGAGAGGGUGCUGGCACAGCUGCGUGCCGCCCUGUAUGAUGUGCAUGACAUCUUCUUCCUGAUGCCACAGAAUGAGAGGCUGGGUCUGCUGCAGCAAGACCGGGAGCUGCGCAGGGAGAGGAAGCUGCGAGAGAUGGAGAAGUUCAAAAGCCCACGAGAGAAGGUCACCCUGUCCGCAGCAACCCAGAAAUCCCUGGACAGAAAGAAGCAAAUGAGGGUCACGGAGAUGACUGGACCGAGCAAAAGGACCCAACAGAAACCAAAGAGCCCACCAACCAACAGGAUCCUCCAGCCAAACCAAGGGCAGAAUGCCCCCCUACAAGGGCAGCUCUGUCGACAGGGGAGUUUGUAUAGGAAGGGACCAGAGGAGCGAGUGAAGCGCUCAGACAGCCUGAGGAAGCAGCAUUCUCUGGGAUAGGCCCUGGAGGAAAUAGGUCAAUCACAAUACAUUACCAAGCCACACCAGGCAAGCCAUCAACUUAACCAGCGUGACAGAACUUCCUCAAAGUGCCCACUGCACUUUUUGGAGCUAUUUCACUUAACCUUCGAGGUGUACUAACAAAAGCAUUUACUCUCACCAUUAAAAAUGCAUUCUUACAAGCACUGUUGCCUAUGACUCUUCCAGAGCACAUUACUCCUACCACAACACUAGAAGUUUCACCCUGUCUUUGUUCACUUCCUGUGCUGAAGGUAAUAGGAAGCUGCCUGAGCCUGUCUGCUGUAUGAGGCUCAAGAGGGUUCUUAAUGCCUGCUACACAGGAAGUGAUCCUGGACAGAAAACAAGACAAUAUAACGCAGAAGUUGUUGGAAUGUUGUUUUGCUAAUGAGUAAGAAACAUUCAUUAUUAUAGCCUUCUGUGACUAAUGACAGGUAUACUCCAGGCAGCUAUAAAGCUGCUAAUAGAAACUAUUUUCGUUUUUAAGUGGAUCACCAACCUUCAAGGGUGGGUGUUUUUUUUUAAUUAUAUUUUUUAAAGACAGACUACAAGUGGCGACAGUUCUGUAUCUUAAACAAUAGCCAACCAACCCACAGAUCUCUCCAGUUGCAGUAAAGCUUGAGCAACAGCACCCCCUGCUGCUGCCAUUUGUCAGUGAAGCGGAAUCUGUAUAAUUUUGCCUGACCUAAUUAAUGCCAAGCGCACAUUGACGUUGAUUUUGGGUUAGAGCUUAUUCAAGUCAUAGUGCCGCUUUUAUUGUAUUUGACUGUAAAGAAGCAUUUGCUUGUUUAGUGCAAAAAAAUAUAAAAAUAAAUAUAUAUGUAUAAUAUGCAAGUUUAGAUACAUAUAUUGUUAUAGUAAAGUUAUAUAGCGAAUGUUGCUUUUGCUCUUAACAUGCCUUUUAUGCUUUUAAAGGGGCAAAAACCUGAACCACAGUGCUGCUAUGAUACCAUAGGUGUUGAUGCACUAAUACAGAGCGUAAUGUCUUUUCUUUCCCUUGUAAACUCUGGUACCUUUCCUCGAAUUCAUUGAGUUCAGGAAGAUGUUUUCCUGGCUGUAUUUCUCAAAGCAGCUUGAAAAUACCCUCUAGAAAUUUGGAACCUGCCCUUGACAUUUCUCCAAAUCUGUAAAAGCUUAAAUUAUACAGUGUAGAGUUGGGAAUUAGGCCAUUUGAAAAACGCCCAAUAUUGGUAUUGCUUUAUUAUCUUACAGUAUCUUCCUUAAGUGCCACCUGCUGUAUCUUAACAGAACUGCAGACGGCUUUUGUUCUGCAUUUCUCUGGUCCUACUUGCCUGAGAAGCCAAACUGCAGUCCAUUGAGUUGACCUUUUUGCAAAUGGCAGUGGGCCUUGGUGCCAUUUCAGAUGCCUUCAAGUGCCAGAGCUGAUCAGCCAACCAGCCCACGGGCUUUUGCAGUUUAAUAAUCAUAUGACAUGUUGUAUUGCAAGGUUUCAAGGUUGUGUUUUUUUUUUUUUUUUUUUUUAAU